AUAUAUUAUGAUCAAGCGUACAGGAUCGACGAUGGGUCUCAAUACAAAUAGCACAAGCUGUGCCCAGUAAAGCGGCUUUAAAAUGUUCGAAAGGACAUGUAGUAUGCCAUGUAUGUGGGCCUCUUGGAAUAACUAAUCUUUUAUAUUUAUGAAAAUGUUUGCAGCAUUUAUAAAAUAUUAUAUUACUCCAUUUAUUCCUCCUGUUGCUUCUUGAGUGAGCGUGCUGUUUUGAGAUGUACGCGAGACAAUAAAGUUGAAAUCGCCACCUUCAAAUAAUGCUGAUGCUACCGCUAAAGCUACUGUUGAUUCCUACUCUUAUUUACAACCUUCGUUCGGUACAGGUGCCAUAUAUAAAUAACAACGCCAAUUUAUAGAUAAUUCUUUCUAUCUAGAUUUCAUUCAACGUCUUAAUGCAUUAAGACAUUGGGUUUUAAUCGUCGGUGUAAUUCGGUUGUAUGGCUGAAAAACGUCUACGUCUUCUGGAAACGGCAAAAACACCUGUCCUAAGUGCACAUUUUAAUAAUAAUAAUUUCAGUCCGUUAUGACUGAAAUAUAAACAAAGCACCAGUGUAAACAACACCGGUAGAGUUAAAGUUAUUUAAAACACUUCCGGAGCUGCAAUAACACUUUGGUCUGAGCAAAGCCACACCGGCCACACAGCAGUCCGUGCAGGAUGAUCAGGAGAAACUCCUCGAUGAGGCUGUCCAGGCUGUGAAGGUCCAGUCCUUUCAGAUGAAGCGGUGCCUGGACAAGAAUAAGCUGAUGGAUGCCCUAAAACAUGCGUCCAACACGCUGGGAGAGCUGAGGACUUCCAUGCUCUCUCCAAAAAGUUACUAUGAACUCUACAUGGCCAUCUCCGAUGAGCUGCACUACUUGGAGAUUUACCUUACAGAUGAGUUUGCCAAGGGAAGAAAGGUGGUUGACCUGUAUGAGCUGGUUCAGUAUGCAGGGAAUAUCAUCCCAAGACUGUAUUUGCUAAUCACUGUAGGCGUAGUAUAUGUGAAAUCGUUUUCACAGUCCCGGAAAGAUAUUCUGAAGGAUCUGGUAGAAAUGUGCCGUGGAGUCCAGCAUCCUCUUCGAGGACUUUUCUUGAGGAACUACCUACUCCAGUGUACCCGGAAUGUUCUCCCCGAUGACGGAGAGGUCACAGAAGAGGGGACGACUGGGGACAUCAACGACUCUGUAGACUUUGUGUUGCUGAACUUUGCGGAGAUGAACAAACUGUGGGUUCGCAUGCAGCACCAGGGCCACAGCCGAGACCGGGAGAAGCGAGAGAAAGAGAGGCAGGAGCUGCGCAUCUUGGUGGGGACCAACUUGGUGCGCCUCAGUCAGCUAGAGGGCGUCAACGUGGAGAAGUACACCCAGGUUGUGCUGCCUGGAAUUCUAGAUCAGGUAGUCAACUGCCGAGAUUCCCUCGCGCAGGAGUACCUGAUGGAAUGUAUCAUCCAGGUGUUCCCGGAUGAGUUCCACCUUCAGACAUUAAGCUCAUUUCUACAUGCUUGUGCAGAAUUGCACCAAAAUGUGAAUGUGAAGAACAUUAUUAUCGCUCUUAUUGAUAGACUGGCCUUAUUUGCUCAUAGAGAGGAUGGUCCUGGAAUUCCAGCAGAUAUCAAAUUAUUUGAUAUAUUUUCACAACAAGUGGCAUCAGUUAUACAGUCUCGCCAGGAGAUGCCUUCCGAGGACGUGGUGUCCUUGCAGGUGUCCCUCAUCAACCUGGCCAUGAAGUGUUACCCUGACAGAAUAGAUUAUGUGGACAAAGUCCUGGAGACCACAUUGGAGAUUUUCAACAAAAUGAAUCUGGAACAUAUGGCUACCAGCAGUGCAGUAUCCAAGGAGCUGAUGAGAUUGCUGAAGAUCCCUGUGGACAUCUACAACAAUAUCCUGACUGUGCUUCAGCUCCAACACUUUCACCCACUCUUUGAGUACUUUGACUAUGAAUCCCGAAAGACCAUGAGUUCCUACAUACUCAGCAACACCUUGGACAACAAUACAGUGAUCAAAGCCCAGGAACAGGUAGAUGCAGUAUUAAAGCUGGCGUCUACACUGAUCCAGGACCAACCUGACCAGCCUUCAGAGGACCCAGAUCCUGAGGACUUUGCUGAAGAGCAGAAUCUGAUUGGCCGGUUUAUUCACAUGCUUCUUUCUGAGGAUCCUGAUCAGCAGUAUAUGAUUUUAAACACUGCCAGGAAACACUUUGGGGCAGGAGGGAACCAGAGGAUUCGAUUCACGCUGCCACCUCUGGUGUUUGCUGCAUAUCAGCUUGCCUUUCGUUACAAAGAGAGUUCCAGUGUGGAUGAAAAGUGGGAGAAGAAGUGUCAGAAGAUCUUCUCCUUUGCCCACCAGACCAUCAGCGCUCUGAUCAAAGCCGAGCUGGCUGAGCUGCCACUCAGGCUCUUUCUCCAGGGAGCCCUGGCAGCUGGCGAAAUUGGUUUUGAGAACCAUGAGACGGUGGCUUAUGAGUUCAUGUCACAGGCGUUUUCCCUGUACGAGGAUGAGAUCAGUGACUCCAAGGCCCAACUGUCGGCCAUCACGCUAAUCAUCGGCACCUUCGAGAGGAGCAAGUGCUUCAGUGAGGAGAAUCAUGAGCCGCUGAGGACGCAAUGUGCGCUGGCUGCGUCCAAGCUACUAAAGAAACCGGACCAGUGCCGGGCUGUCGGCACCUGUGCCCACCUCUUCUGGUCGGGACGCAGCAGCGACAAGAAUGGAGAGGAGAUCCACGAUGAAAAGAGGGUGAUGGAGUGCUUAAAGAAGGCUCUGAAAAUUGCUAACCAGUGUAUGGAUUCCUCUUUGCAAGUCCAGCUCUUCAUUGAGAUCCUCAAUAGAUACAUCUAUUUCCAUGAAAAGCAAAAUGAGGCGGUGACGGUUCAGGUUCUAAAUCAGCUCAUUCAGAAGGUCCAAGACGAUCUGCCCAACCUGGAGGCAAGCGAGGAGACAGAGUUGAUAAAAAAGCACUUCCACAACACGCUGGAGCACCUACGUGUUCGCAAGGAGUCCUGUGAAGCCGAUGGCGCAGCUUAUGAAGGGGUGCUGCUGUAGAGAACACUGCGCAGACCGUAAUCCCUCUGCCUGCAUUACACUAUUGCAUUCAUAUUUAAAAAAAAAAAAGCUUGUUUCUAUCACUAGCUGUGUAUGAUUUUUUUUGCCUUUUCAAUGUUAAGAGCAAAGAGUGUCAGACAGUUUGAGUCAAUUUUUGAUGCAGUUCAGCUCAGUUCAGUUCUAUUAAUAUCACAUACAUAUACUCCUUGCUUUACAAUGGUUUGACUUACGACAUUUCGACUUUAUGAUGGUGUCAAGCUUUUAAUUUUGAUCUUUUCCCGGCUAGCAAUAUGCUGUAUGAUGCUUUCUAUUAAUGCUGGCUAGUGGCACCAUUCAUCCAGCCACCCUUCCAGUCUCUCUGGGGAUCAGAAGUGUAAAUGUCGACUAUAACCUUUAACAGUAUAUCACAUGGUGUUUUUUUUCUGUGUUUAACCAAAUUUUCCCAAGCCCUAAUGUCCAAGUGUGUCAUUCAUAUCAUAUUCAUGUUUGAUUUCAUGAUGGGUUCAUCGGAGCGUAGCCCCAUCGUAAAUCGAGGAGCCUCUAGUGCUCAUCCCAGUGUGGUUACGUCAGCCAGCAAACAAAGUGAUAUUGCAAGUAGAUUGGAAGUAUAGACCGAAGCAGCAGAACACAUACAUGGUAAAAUUAGUAUGGAUAAGAAAGAAGACUGAGUAAACAACAAAUUCUGUUGUAAAUUGAAGAAUUAAAGUUCUCUGCGGUUCCGGGCCCAUCUCGCUGCCCAGUCCAGUGGUCACAGUUUAUUCCCUGAUUCUUUCUCCUAUUACUUUGAGUGAAACUAUUUGGGCGAUGAAGCUCAGGGUACAGUUUCCUUUAAGCUUAGGUAAGCCCAGCGCACAGCCUUAUUCUCACUCAGCUGCUGUGUCCUGGUAGCUUUCAGUAUCUCUUGCAGGGAAUCCUGGGAAUAAGUGUGUAUUUUGGUAUAGUGUCCUUGUGUUGCUGCUGUUCGCUGUACGUAGGGGUGCGUCUCUGACAAUCUGCUGGGGCCAGUGGCUAAUUCGUUCAACGUUCACAGAGGCUGUAACAUUUUUGUCCUUGACUUUGUAUUUUCUUAUUCUGCAUGUGUCAUUUCAGUUUAGGGUAAAAGUAUGUAUGACUAUUUGAAAUGUCUGUACACUUGGAGGAAGUUUAUUCUCUGUCUUCAUGUAACAUUUCUGUUAAAGGAAACUUUUAUGGCUGCCUUUAUUUUGAUAAUAUUAGUUAUCACUGAAUGUUCAAACCCCAUCAUUGCAACUUUAAACAUCUAGAUUAUUGUUAGAAAAAAUAUUGUAUUUUUAACAUUAAAUUAUAUCAUUGUCAUUAUAUUUGACUAAUACAAAAAUGUGUAUUGAUAAAAUCUAUAUUAUAUUGA